AUGACUAUUCAUUUAUUGUAUUUUAAUGUAAAUAGGGGGCAAGAAAGCUCUAUGGAAAAAUGGUGGUUCAAUUCGAUGUUGUCUAACGAGAAGUUAGAAUACAGGUGUGGGCUAAGUAAAUCAACGGACAGUCCUGAUCCUAUUGAAAAUACCAGUGGAAGUGAAGACCGGGUUAUAAAUAAUACGGAUAAAAACAUUAAUAAUUGGAGUCAAAUUAAGAGUUCUAGUUAUAGUAAUGUUGAUCAUUUAUUCGGCAUCAGGGACAUUCGGAAUUUCAUCUCUGAUGACACUUUUUUAGUUAGGGAUAGGAAUGGGGUCAGUUAUUUCAUAUAUUUUGAUAUUGAAAAUCAAAUUUUUGAGAUUGAUAACGAUCAGUCUUUUUUGAGUGAACUAGAAAGUUUUUUUUAUAGUUAUCGGAAUUCUAGUUAUCUGAAUAAUGUAAAUUCUAGUUAUCUGAAUAAUGUAUCUAAGAGUAAUCAUCCCCACUAUGAUCGUUACAUGUAUGAUACUAAAUAUAGUUGGAAUAAGCACAUUAAUAGUUGCAUUAAUAAUUACAUUUUAAGUGGUAGUAACAAUUACAGUGACAGUUACAUUUAUAGUUACAUUUGUGGUCAAAGUAGAACUAGGAGUGAACACGGGAGUUCCAGUAAACAAACUAGCACGAAUGGUAGUGAUUUAAAAAGUUCUAAUGUUCUAUAUGUAGCUCAAAAAUACAGGCAUUUGUGGAUUCAAUGCGAAAAUUGUUAUGGAUUAAAUUAUAAAAAAAAUUUAAAGUCAAAAAUAAAUAUUUGCGAACAAUGCGGAUAUCAUUUGAAAAUGAGUAGUUCAGAUAGAAUCGAACUUUCGAUUGAUCCGGGUACGUGGGAUCCUGUAGAUGAAGACAUGGUCUCUCUGGAUCCUAUUGAAUUUCAUUCGGGGGAGGAACCUUAUAAAGAGCGUAUUGAUUUUUAUCAAAGAAAGACAGGAUUAACUGAGGCUGUUCAAACAGGCACAGGUCAACUAAACGGUAUUCCCGUAGCAAUUGGGGUUAUGGAUUUUCAGUUUAUGGGGGGUAGUAUGGGAUCCGUAGUAGGUGAGAAAAUUACCCGUUUGAUCGAAUAUGCCACCAAUGAAUUUCUACCUCUUAUUCUAGUGUGUUCUUCCGGAGGAGCACGUAUGCAAGAAGGAAGUUUGAGCUUGAUGCAAAUGGCUAAAAUAUCUUCCGCUUUAUAUGAUUAUCAAUCAAAUAAAAAGUUAUUUUAUGUAUCAAUCCUUACAUCUCCUACUACUGGUGGGGUGACAGCAAGUUUUGGUAUGUUGGGAGAUAUCAUUAUUGCCGAACCCAAUUCCUACAUUGCAUUUGCGGGUAAAAGGGUAAUUGAACAAACAUUGAAAAAGACAGUACCUGAAGGUUCACAAGCGGCUGAAUAUUUAUUCCAUAAGGGCUUAUUCGAUCCAAUCGUACCACGUAAUACUUUAAAGGGUGUUCUGAGUGAGUUAUUUCAGCUUCACGCUUUCUUUCCUUUGAAUCCAAAAAAAAUCAAGUAG